AUGAGCUAUCAGCAGUCCCAGCCCCCAGCUCUGGGGGCCACCUUCGUGCCGGGUGGCUAUGACGAUUUUUACAUGCCCGCGCCAGAUCCAGAGCUUAUUUCUCCGGCACCGCAGCGGCUCAUGCCAGAGGUGCCCGAGAACAUGCAGGAAAACAUCGCUCACAUGGAACUAGAAGCCCACGGUCCGCGAAACGCGCCCAUGUCGCCGCCGGCCCAGGGCUACAAUCAGUUGCAGUCGCAACCCCAGUUCCCUCCGCGCGGCUCCAGCUACCACAACAACGACCAAGCUGCCCACGGCGGCCAGGGGCAGUGGCCUUCGCGACAGGCGAGCAUCUCCUCCUCCUUUAACCAGCCGCCCGCAGUGCAACCGCAAGCCAUGCAGCAGCAGACCUCGCACGACUACCACAGCUUCGCCCAACCGAGCGAAGCUCCUAACUUCUCCAUCUUUCCCAAGCUCCCGAACCGAGCGCCAAACGUCCCGCCGUCAGACGAUGAGAAAGAGGCAGUCUUGGAAAAUGCACGCCUGCCGGUGCUUAACUCAAACGAUCCGGAGAUGCAGCUGGCCUGGGCCCAAGAUGCCCUGCAGUACGUCGACAUGGCGCAGCUGAACGAGCAGCGCCUCGCUGAACUUCAGGGCGCCCGCCCUGCUACGCCCGCGGUCGAGCACCAACUGCGCGUCGAUGCUAUGAAUGUCACUGGGUUUCUGGCGGAUCAGUUCCACCCAAAGGCCGACUUUAUGCGGGGCAUGUGGCUCGAGUUCGGGAAGUUCGGGCUUCGCGUAGACAAAAAGGAGGCCUUCCGGAGCUACACUCGUGCUGCGCAGAAGGGAUAUGCCAGGGCAGAAUACCGCAUGGGUAUGCAGUUUGAGCAAUCAAACGACCCGAUCAAGGCUCUCCAACACUACAAACAGGGUUCGGAGGCUGGAGACUCAGCAUCGAACUACCGAUUGGGCAUGAUGACUUUGUUAGGUCAGCAUGGGCAACAACAAGACUUCGGCCGAGGUAUCCAGUUGAUUAAGCAGGCCGCGGCCACGGCUGACGAGAAUGCUCCUCAGGGCGCGUACGUACUGGGUAUGCUUCAAGCGCGAGAGCUGCCCCAGAUCAACGUCCCAGAAAUGUUUCUGCCAUAUGACGAGAAGGCUGCCAAGCAGCACAUCGAAAAGGCCGCGUACUUGGGAUUCGCCAAAGCCCAGCUCAAGAUGGGAUCCGCCUACGAACUAUGCAGUCUUGGCUGCGAAUUCAAUCCCACCCUGUCACUGCAUUACAACGCGCUAGCGUCCCGGCAAGGAGAAGCUGAGGCUGACAUGGCAAUCAGCAAGUGGUUCUUGUGCGGGUACGAGGGAGAGUUCCCGAAGAAUGAGGAGCUUGCAUUCACAUACGCACAGCGUGCAGCAAUCACUGGGCUUGCAACUGCGGAAUUUGCCAUGGGCUAUUUCUACGAAAUUGGUAUGCAUGUUCCUGUUAGCAUUGAUAAGGCUUUGGAGUGGUACCAGAAGGCUGCUCGGAACGGGAACAAAGACGCAGAGGCACGCAUUGACAGUAUCUCAACUAUGCACCGAACACUUUCAAAGAAGGACCAUGAGAAGGUCGCGAUUAACGCUAUCAAAUCAAAGCAUGGCUCUAUGAAAGGCCAACGACCAGCGAGGCUGCAAAAAUUGGCCGCACCUAACCUACCAACGAUCGAGAGUAGCCCCUCGGAUUAUGGAGACUCGCCCAGUAGCCAAUUCCCUGAUCGACAUUCCUCUACUACGCCAUACCCUAUGUCGGAUCAGCCGCCUAUGGUAGCACCUUCUCAGCGCUCUCAAUCCGUAGCACCUUACCCUUCAAACGACGGUCCACCCCGGAUCGAUGCACAAAUUCCCAGCAUGGCAGGUGGUUUCGCUGCCGAAUUGCGCUCGGCCAGUGCCCGUCCGCCAUCUCAAGCUUUCAACAUCAAUCCACAGGUGUACGCCCAAGGCCCGGGUCCGAACGACCCCUACGGUCGUGGAAGACCACCACAUGGAGCCAAUCUUGGUCCUCUCCCUAUCCGUCCAGCUACCAGCGUUGACAGCAUGGGCCGCGGUGGCGGACGGAUUCCUAGUGGUGGGCUUCCCUCGGGGCCUGGUGCAUACAGACAACCCGGUGGACCAAGUGCACAACGUCCCGAGCAGUACGACCGACCAGGAUCAGCACGACCUGCUGCUGAUGUCGGUUUCAAUGCGCCUGGAGGACCGAACAAGCUCCAGAAGGCACACAACGUCGGCCAGCCAGGUGGCCCGCUCAAGAAGCAAAACACAUUGCCUGAUAUUGGGUAUGUUGCGCCGUUGGAGCCGCGACAGCAUACACGUCCGUCAACAACAGUGCCGGGUCUGGAGAGCAGAACGUCUUCCCGCCCAGACAGGCCUGGCACCGCAGGGCCAGGGCCUAGGCCUGGGCAAGGACCAUCGUCUCGUCCGGGAUCUGCUGGACGACCUUCAGCACAAGACCCACACCCGCAAGGCCCGAAACCAGGCAAAUCCACCACACCACAACCGCGACCAGGGACGACAAAUCCACCGCCAGCAGCCAAACCUGCUCAGGCGUCGAAGCCUGCAGCUCCAAAGCCACCUGCCGCUGCACCAAGCGGUCCGGGCAAGGGCCCGAAGACCUUCGACGAAAUGGGCAUUGGGCAAGCACCCAAAGACAGUGAUUGUGUAAGUUGCUCCAUCAUCUUCGCUUCUGUGCCAUGCGCUGAGUCUUCCCAGAUCGUGAUGUAG